UACUCCUAGUAACCCUCACUGGGGGCGUGUUGAACAGUGAUAUAGGAGGAGCUGACCCUGAUAUUGAUCUUCGGAUGAUGAAGGAGACAUUCGAGGACGUUUACUCUAAGCAUUAUCAAAACAGUCUUAGUAAAGUCGUGUUAAAAUUUGUUUUGUGUCCCAAGAUAACGUCAGGGGUGUGCGAUUUAUUGCAGUCGAUUCUGCCCCCUUCUUCUCCACAGGGUAACCCUAAUUUCCCCCUCACUGCCCUCCCCCUCCUUCUCCUAGAGGACCAGUCUUAUCACGCGAGUGUUAAUUCACUCAUUGAGAAGCUAAACAGCGUCUAUUGUCAGUUUAAACAGUCGGACGAAGGAGUUAAUUUCUCGGGCGACGUUUGUAUUGUCUCUGAUUCCGUUAGCUCUUUAAUGGUAUAUGAUAUUUUGACACGCCCAUCCACGCCUCUUUUAUCAAACCGGGCCAAUUUGUCGUCAUCUUCGAAUCAUUUGGACGGUGGUUCGUCUGACGAGGGUCACUCCCCUUUCUCUUCUCUUAGGAGCGUAUCGGUACCUAGUGGCUCUAAGAGUGUCCCGUCUUCUCGAAAAGGAGGCGGGGCUUUGGAGCUGCCUGGCCUGAGGGGACAUCCCUCUUCUCUUCUCUCGUCUUUGCUGUUUAACGUGUCAAAGGUGUUCACGUUUGGAUCCCCACUGGGUCUGGUCCUCUCAUUGAAAAAAUUAAGAGGUGUACCGCUAUCAAAGCCGAAGUGUUCUUCUCUUUAUAAUUUAUUUUAUGCUGUGGAUCCUCUGGGCUUCAGACUGGAGCCAUUGCUCGAUGAAUCUUUCAGUUCUAUUGAUCCGCUCCUCAUCCCUUGUUACCUCAUUUAUCCAACUGGUGACAAAUCUUCUGUUGCUCUCUCAAAUUUCGUGUCGUACGUGACUACAGACGAGAGAAAAGGGCGUGGCAGUGGACCGAGCACUUCUAACGAGUGCCUCUUUGUAUUAGAUGAGGAACUUAAAAAGUCAGAUACCAGUAGAAAUGACCACAGGUUCUGGUGGGGUUCUGAUAGAAUAGAUUACGUCCUACAGGCUCCGAAUAGUUUAGAGGGCGUGGUCUCCCUCCCUAACACUUCUUACGGCCACAUCGUUCAGUCUCGCUACCUUGAAGCCAAAGAAUUAGCAUCAUUUGUAUUGAGACAGGUUUUAAUCUGUAAAGGUCACGGAGCUGUAUCUGCUGCAGCUGCUGCUUCAAGUAGCUCUGGAUUCUUUGUCCCCUUCACUCCAUUUACCUCAACAGUGAAGUGGGCAAAGAAAAAGACUCCACUAAGAAUACAGAAAAUGUCUCCCAAUCAUCGUGCUGUGGAUGUUGUGAUUGCUUCCCAUUCAACUCAGUUGCCUCAUCUCCAGGCAAAGUUCUUUUAUGGACCGUUGAACAUGGCAACGCUCUCAGGAGAAAUGGUAAAUAUAUUCAUCCUCUCUCCUUCUCCCCAAGAGAAGGAGUCCAUUUCCGUAGAAGAUAACGAGGGUGAGGCUAGAGACGGGAAGAAGGAGAGGGCGUGGUGCUAUCUUGACUCCGCCUCUACCGAUAAACACGGUCGUAUCUCAUAUCCUCUUAGUCCAGAACAGGUCCCCUCUGCUCCAGGAGUGUAUCCGCUGAUAUAUCUAGUCAAGUAUGUGUGGGGGAGAGAAGGAGGAUGGACAGCUCAAAUCAUACGUAUUGUACUUGAGUCGAGUUUAAAGGUGUUUGUUCCAAAAAAUAGCUCCGAAAUCACUCCCAAUUUUGAUUACAUUUUCUGAUACAUAUUGAUGUACUUAUG